AUAGCGACAGAUGUCUAGAAAACUGUGAGAGGGCACUCCUCAGUUACAACACAGUCCCACACUGCACCUCGGAGAGCAGAGCAGGGGCGGAAUCUGCAGCUGUCACUCCAAAGGUUUACCUCCAUUAUCACAUCCAGCCGGAGCCUGGAAAAGAAGUCCAACUGAUCUCUCACUACAAACACAGGUGAAACCAUGGGAGGCAAACUGAGCAAGAAGAGGAAGGGAUAUGAUGUGAGUGACCCCAAAGAGACAAAGGAUGGGACUGACGCGGCUAAAGCGGAGGCACCCACAGAAGCUGAGGUGAAAGCUGAGGCAAGCAAUGUGGUGGAGCAAGCUGUGGAGUCUGCUGUAGCAGCAGUAACUGAAUCUGUAAAAGCUCCAGAAGAGCCCAAAUCUGCACCUCCAGAGGAGCCAGCUCCAGUAGAGGCAGCUCCAGUAGAAGAACCACCUGCAGCAGAAGAGAAGGCAGCUCCAGUAGAGGAACCACCUGCGGCAGAAGAGAAGGCAGCCCCAGUAGAGGAACCACCUGCGGCAGCAGAGAAGGCAGCUCCAGUGGAGGAACCACCUGCGGCAGAAGAGAAGGCAGCUCCAGUAGAGGAACCACCUGCGGCAGCAGAGAAGGCAGCUCCAGUGGAGGAACCACCUGCGGCAGCAGAGAAGGCAGCUCCAGUAGAGGAACCACCUGCGGCAGCAGAGAAGGCAGCUCCAGUCGAGGAACGAGCGUCGUGUAGGAAGGCAGCUCCAGUGGAGGAACCACCUGCGGCAGAAGAGAAGGCAGCUCCAGUGGAGGAACCACCUGCGGCAGAAGAGAAGGCAGCUCCAGUGGAGGAACCACCUGCGGCAGCAGAGAAGGGAGCUCCAGUAGCAGAAGAACCAGUGGCACCAGUAGAGGAACCAGUCGUAGCUGCGCAAGAAUCUGUUCCAGCAGCAGAGGAACCAACUCCUGCAGCAGUAGAUCCGGCCCCAGUAGUUGAAGAACAAGCUCCAGUCGAGGAACAAGCUCCAGUUGAGCUCCCAGUGGCUCUAGCAGCACCAGAAGAACCAGUGCCAAGUGAGGUUGAACCUGAGUCUGCAGCUGCACCCGAAGAGGCUCCUGCAGAAGAACCUGCUCUAGCUGUGGUAUCUGUGUCAGAGUCAGAGGUUUCUGCCAGCACUGAGGAAGCACCCAAGGACCAAGAGCCAGAGCCCAUCCCAGAGACUGUUAUUGAGCCAGAGGCCACUGUGGAGGAGACAGUGGUUCCUGCUGCUGUCCAUGAACCAGAGCCAGUGGCUGAGCUAGUUGCAGAGCCAGUGCUGGAGCAAGCCCCAGAACCAGAGCAAACCACUGAGCCAGAGCCAGCAGCAGAGCUUGAGGCAGAGCCAGAGCAAGAACCAGAGCCAGAACCAGAGCUAGAAUCCGAGGAAGCACCCAAGCCAGAACCCGUACAAGAGCAAGCACCAGAGCCAGAGCUUGAACAAUCACCAGAGCCAGAACCGGAGCAGGUACUAGAGCCCGAACCAGUGGCUGAUGCAUUAGAAUCUGCAGCAAAAGUAGAAGAAGUUGAGCCAGAACCAGUUGCAGCCACAGCCAACGUUACUGAACAUGAGAAUGUGGAAGCAGAAGCACCUGAGGUUUUGGGGAGUGCAGCAGAUGAGCUCCCCACUGAAGAUCAGCCUGUAGAGGAGGAGUCUGCUACAACAGAAGCCUCCGCCACUGAGGCGGCAGCUGAGCCAGAAGCAGCAGAACCCGUCCCUGAGAUUGUCAUCUCAGAGUCUAUCUCUGCCUGCGAAAUUACCGCUGAGUCUGAAGAGGUAGCUGAGGCCUCUGUGGAAGAGGUGCCUUGCCCAGAGGCUGAGGUUGAAAGCAAGAUGGAAAAUGGAGAUAUUGAGAGCUCUCCUGUUACAGAGGAUGUGGCAGAAGUAGAUGCACUCCCAGCUGUGAAUGGAGAGUGUGCAGAUUCUGCUGCCACAGAGACAGAGGAAUGUGUUAAUGGUGAUGAAAAGCCUGAGGAGACGCCUAUCAAGGAGCAGAGUGACUUUGAACUGAAAAAGGAGGUGAAUCUGGGUGGUGAUGUCAAUGAAGUUCCAGAUGCAGUCUCCGACUUGGCAGACGGUCUCAGCACUGAGGUCACCCAGGCUGUCUGAAAAAGAAGCCAUCUUUCUAAUCAAUGUGAAUUCAGUUUAAUCCUCAGAUGGUGCGAGAAAGCCAUCAAGGUAUCAGAAACACAGCUAGGCUUUCUGGAAUGCUGUAACCACCGCAAUGUCUAUCGUGGUGACUCAGGCAAAAGGAUGUUUUCUUUUGAGUAACCAAAAAUGAAAUGCAACCACUUGAGGAUAGAAAGAGACAGAGAGAGACAGAAAGAGAGAGACUGAGAGAGAGAGAGUAAGUGAGACAUAAGUGCAGAGAGGAGACUUGAAUUUGGAAUUGGAGGUUGAGCGCAGACAUACAGUGAAACUGCACAGCAGAGCAAAAAAUACUGGACAGCAAAUAUGAUAUUAACGAAUGAAUAAAUCUGUCUUUGUGUGUGAGCCCGAAUAUUAGAAAGUGGUUUAUUGGAACAGCAUUCGUCAUUAGUAUAUUAUCUGAUUUAGAAUGUCAUUUAUCCUUUCUAUAACUAUAUGCAGAGACAUGACAUAAAUGUUUUGGCCUUUUAUAAUAAUGGUACCUGUGAGGACUGCUCAUUUUAAAUUGAUUGUUCGGAAUAGAGAAUAAAAAGAGAUUGUUAUAGCCUA